AUGGCAGUUCCAUCAAGUGAUGGCAUUAUUGUCCGACUUUGGGAGCAAUAUAAUGUCGGUUGGCGACUGUACAAGAAUCUAGAACAAAUACCUAGGCAUAUGACGCCAUAUUACUCACGGGAGCAAAUGAAAAUUAUGGGGAACUAUGCCAAUGCCGAAGAACGCCUUUUGACCCGUCGGCGAGUGUGGCAAGUUUUUCUUUUAGUCAAAUUGACAAUGUUUAUUGUGCCCACGGUUAUUGGCUUAACCGAAUCAUUAGAUAGCAUCGUCGAGUUUAGCGAAGAUGCUUUGUGGACAAUAUCGGCCCUCUAUGUGUUCGCCCGGUGGGCAUUUUACUAUUUGAAAGCCGAUCAAGUUGACGAAAUAGUCGAUGCAUUAGAGGAAUGCCAUCAUGAGUGGAAUGUAGGUCCCAAUUCUGAGGAAACGCAAUCACUCAGACGUUGGUACUAUCACAUAGAAACCGGUCUGAGUGUUUGUUGGCAUAUUGGGCUGAUGUUUCUAAUGGCCUUACUCAUUUUGGCACCCGUGUGGACAAGUCAACAAUUGCCCUUUCAUGCUGUCUAUCCCUUUAAUUUGCAUAAUCCAGAGGAGCAUCCAAUUUCAUAUAUAUUAAUCUAUAUAUCACAAUCGUGUUGUGUGAUCUAUUUCCUGCCGUGGCUACUUCUAACCGAGUUUCUAUCCUGCCAUUGUUUCUUUCAAUUGGCAGCCAACUUGAAAAUACUUUGCAUUCAAUUAAGAAAUCUCAAUCAGUUCACCGGACACGGAGACAAUGAGCAAAUCGUUGCCAUGGAAUUGAAAAAAUUGAUUGAAUUUCAUCAGAAGAUUAUGCACAUUGUUGAUCGCGUUAAUGAUGUGUUCUAUAAUCCUUUACUUACAUUUUUGUUGGCUAAUUUCAUUUUGUUACUUUUGUGCACUUUUGCGGCUCUUGCGGCUAGACAUCAACCACUUGUGGCCGGUAGAUUUAUCAUGACCAUGCCCAUAGUCUUUGGUGCUCUAAUAUAUUGGUCGAAAUGUGGUGAUUUAGUUACGCAAACAUCUCAGGAUGUUGCUGCGGCUGCUUUUGAGGCCUACGAUUGUCCUCUAUGGGUUACCAGAUCAAGCAUCAUUCAACGAGAUCUUAUGUUUCUCAUUCAGCGUGCCCAGAAGCCAUUGACUAUUGGAGCUAGGGCUCCAUUGCCUGCCUUCAAUUUGGUCACUUGCAUGGCUGUAAGUAGUGCGACCCCAAAAGGUCGACACCAGCACCAGCAGCAGCAGCAGCAGCAGCAGCAUAAGCAUAAGCAGAGACAGACCAAAACCGAGAGCGAGACCGAGACCCAGACCCAUAGUGAAGUCCGGUUCAGUUGA